CCGGCAGCGGGAGCGGAAGUGAAAGCAAUCCCAGCAGCGCUCUGCAGGCGAACUCGCGCGGGCGCACCGGAGGGGCCUUCAAGUGCGAAGUCUAUGAGAAGAGUUUUUCGUGGGCGAGUCAUCUAAAGACGCAUAUAAUGUUCCACACUGGUGAAAAACCAUUCAGCUGUGACCUCUGUACAAUGCGUUUUACUUUGAAAAGCAGCCUUGUCGCUCACAUGAGGACACACACUGGUGAAAAGCCAUACAAAUGUGACACGAGUAAAAUGCGUUUUACUGAGAAAGGGACUCUUGUCACUCACAUGAGGACACAUACUGGUGAAAAGCCAUUCAAGUGUGACAUAUGCAACAUGUGUUUCACUAAGAAAUGUAAUCUUGUCGCUCACGUAAAGACACACACUGGUAAAAAGCGGCGGGCAGUGCGAAACUCGCUUAGAACUGGAGGGCCAAGUUGCAGGAGUGACUCCGACGCCAACGUUGCUCGCGCAUGCGGCGAAUGCAGCUCCUCCAGCGGGGCGUCCCUCGAGGAGGAUCUUGGAGAGGUGUUCGUCGACGAUGGCCCCGAGCUGGACGAGCUGAAACAAGAGGACGAGCAGCUGGGGCUGGUGGUGACGGCGUGCUUCUCGCUGCAGGACGAGCAGUGCCCCGCGGAGGACGGUGCGAGGGGCGGCCCUGGGGACUGUGCGGCAGAGCAGUCCGUCGAAGAUGAAGUGGAAUCUCCACUCGGCGAUGACGCAUCCAAACUGGGCGCUUCGGCCGUUCUGCGUGCCGUCCGGGAUGGAAACCGCGACGCUCAGCCGGUGCAGAACCAACAGCAGGACGACCAGAAGGCCUCGCGGAUGCUGCGGAAGAAGCAGCUCGGCCGGAAGUACACCGGCAGCGGGAGCGGAAGUAAAAGCAAUCCCAGUGGCGCUCUGCAGGCGAACUCGAACUCGAGCGGGCGCACCGGUGGGGCCUUCAAAUGCGAAGUCUGCGGGAAGAGGUUUACGCGGGCGGGUCAUCUAGAGACGCACAAAAUGUACCACACUGGUGAAAAACCAUUCAGCUGUGACCUCUGUUCAAUGCGUUUUACUCAGAAAUGCAAUCUUGUCAGCCACGUGAGGACACACACUGGUGAAAAGCCCUAUCAGUGUGACCUGUGUAAAAUGCGUUUUACUCAGAAAGGCAAUCUUAUUACUCACAUGACAACACACACUGGUGAAAAGCCAUACAUGUGUGGCAAUUGUGAUUUGCGUUUUACUCAGAACAAUAAUCUUGUGACGCACAUGAGAUUACAUACUGGGGACAAACCAUACAAGUGUGACGUAUGUAAAAUGUGUUUUACUGAAAAAGGCACUCUUGCCAGGCACCUGAGGACACACACUGGUGAAAAGCCAUAUGUAUGUGAUGUGUGUUGCAAGGCAUUUAGUCAACUAUCAAAUCUCAAGAGACACAAAACAAUUUGUAUUUCAAUCUGAAUGUAUUUCGUAUUAAAUAUUUUGACUCUUUAGCUAGAUCAGCCUAUUAGUGUUUUCAAGGAUUGUGAUUGUUUUCUUUUUUUUUUUUGUUCAUCAUUGUAAUAUGAAUAAAAACAAGGGUUAGCGGAUUUCACAACCCACGAGGGUCCUUUCAUUUUGUUUCUUGCUCGUUCACGCUGGUUAUGUGGCGGUCCAUGUUCUCGUCCCGGCCGACAGCUCCUCUUUAUUUGCACUUCUACCCUUGUUUGGUUUGGUGUUCGGUGGACUUCGACUUAAUGUCUCUUUCCGCUGCAGGUUGUGAUGACGCGCUGCUCCUGCUGCAGGCGAUGCCCCUCCUCGCUCGCAGCGGACGACCGCCAGGGAGGAUCCUGGGGCGGCCACCGCGUCGAGCUGAAGCAGGAUGGGCAGCCGGCGGUGACGGCGUGCUCCUCUGCUGCCACGGUCCGGCGGGGUUAGCAGGACCUAGUGUGGCCCGGACGGCUCCGUGUCGCGCUGAAUUGAAGUGCUCCGGCUGAGCCCUCUAGAAGGGCACCGUCCCUUGCUCGUCGCAAUGCGUCGCGGCGGACGACAUUGGGAUUGCACGCGCAUGCUGGUGGUCCUGGUGGUGGGGCAGAACUCACGUGAC